CCGAAACGCAACGAGCGUAGUUAGCGAGUUUUGCGCUGGAAAGAAAGUAAAAAACCCGUCAAGAUGGCGAAAGUACGUCCACGUAAAGUGAAGAAUUUAGUGCGCAAGCUCUUAUAUUUCAUAGGCUUCGUCAUCGUACUCUCAUUUUUCACAACAAUGUUGGUGGAGCGGCGGCUGGAGCGACGUUCGACAGAGAUGGUGCCCACGGUAGCAACUGAUUUCAAUGGGGAUCCCGUUACGCCAGAAUUUGUACCACGUGUACGCGUACAUACUCAACGACCACCCAAACCACCCGUGCAAGAGCGCGUAGUCGUGCCGCCACCACUACAGGCGCAUGAGGGUGUCGACGCACCGGGAAGAGAGAUUCGCGAUGCUGAGCAUAAGAAAAAAGCGGUAAAGGGAAUAUUUAGGGUGCCAUAUGCUGUGGGCGAGAAAAAAGAUUGGGAGGACUAUGAGCUUCUCGCGAGUGAUGCGAAACGAGUGGGCCUGGGCGAACAGGGUCGGUCUGCGCACAUUACCGAUGAGAGUUUGAAGGAGUUGGAGAAAAAUAUUUCACUGCAGAAUGGUUUCAAUGCCAUGUUGUCUGAUAUGAUAUCCGUUAAUAGAUCGCUGCUGGAUGCCAGACAUAAAGAUUGCCGCCUUAUACGUUACCUGGCCAAGCUGCCCUCCACGAGUGUGGUUAUUCCCUUCCACAACGAACACAUCACGGCGCUACAGCGCACAAUGCACAGCAUUGUCAAUCGUACGCCACGCGAGUUGCUCAAACAAAUCGUCAUCGUUGACGACGGCAGCAAACGUGAAAAUCUAAAAACUGAGCUGGACGAAUAUGUGGCAGAGCAUUUCGGCAAUUUGGUAACCAUCGUGCGACUACCCGAACGUACUGGAUUGAUAAAUGCGCGCUUGGCGGGCGCACGAGCAGCGGAUGGUGAAGUUUUAGUAUUCUUCGACUCCCACAUCGAAUGUAAUUAUAAUUGGCUGCCGCCACUACUCGAGCCGAUUGCGGUGAAUUACAAGAUAUCGACUUGUCCGAUUGUUGAUGUCAUCGAUCAUACGGAUUUCGGUUAUAAAGGCUUGCAUCAAGAGGGUGCACGCGGCGCUUUCGAUUGGAAAUUGCAUUACAAACAACUACCAAUGCUGCCCGGUCAAAAUGUUAAUCACACAGAGCCUGUUUCAAACCCAGUCAUGAUGGGUGGUCUUUUCGCGAUUAGUCGGAAAUUUUUUUGGGAACUAGGCGGUUAUGAUGAGGGUUUGGAUAUUUGGGGUGCCGAGCAAUUUGAGUUGAGUUUCAAAAUCUGGAUGUGUGGCGGAAUGCUCUUCGACGUGCCAUGCUCACGUGUGGCACACAUCUUUCGUGGACCCUGGGGCAGUCAACCCAGUCCGCGUAAUUACAACUUCUUUGCCAGAAACUGUAAACGUGUUGCCGAGGUGUGGAUGGACGAAUAUAAGGAGUAUCUUUACCAACGCAAUCCUGAGGAGUUUUCCAUUGAAGCAGGCGAUUUGACGGCGCAACAUGCCGUACGCGAACGUCUCAACUGCAAAUCUUUCAAGUGGUUCUUGGAGGAGGUGGCGCCUGAUUUGCUAGUGAAAUAUCCGCCUGUCGAACCGCCAGCCUACGCCUCGGGCGCAAUACAAAGUAUCUCAUACCCACACCUUUGUCUAGAUACUAUGAAUAAGGGUAAUGAAAACGCUGUGGGGCUCUUCAGCUGCGCUGAGAAUAAAACACGUCCACAUGACAAUCAAUAUUGGCAAUUAAGUUAUGCGCGGGAUUUGCGGCUGCACGACAGCGAAGUUUGCUUGGAUGUGCAGACGUCGCACGUGAACUCUACAGUGUGGAUGUGGUCGUGCCACCAACAGGGUGGCAACCAGUUUUGGUACUAUGAUCGUGCGCAUCAGUGGCUGGUGCAUGGCCGAGGCGGACAUAUGUGCUUGGAGGCUAUUACUGACGGUGAUAAGCAUUGGGUAUACACCAAUAUGUGCGACUUCUCCAAUCCGCGCAUGCGCUGGAGCUUUGGUUGGGUCAAUGAAACCGCUCUGGAUGCCUUCCAUGCUGGUCUAAAGCACGACCAGUAACAGUUUUUUUGAUAUUUAAGUAAUAAUUACAACGGCUUAAUGCCAUUAGCUAAGGAGUCGACCAGCUUUAUGCCCUCAGGCGGUACACGGCAUUGCUUAGUUGCAUGUACUAUACAAACACUUAUAUAUGUAAGUUUGUAGACAUUUUCUGUGCCCGCCUUUAACAAGUUCGUUGAAAAUAAAGUCUU